UUCAUUUUUGUUUUCAUCUGAAAACCGAUCGCACAUCGAGUCCAACGGUUGUUCUCGUUUCCGAUAUGGAAUCGCUCCAACAGCAGCACCAGCACCAUUUAUCGGGAAGUGAGGUUGCCGGUACACGCACCGGAGGUGCUAGUGCUCCUAUCACAACGAUCACCACGACCAGCACCACCAGCUCCACCGCCGCAGUGCUACUUGCCGACCUGAGUUCAAUUCGCAUAAAAGGCGACGAAUUGUCGCGGUCUGCUUCAUCUCCUUUGAUGAGCAGCCGAUCGAAGGAAAUACCCGGCCUGGACAGCCAACGGUCUCGCCACUGUCCGGUGGUACGGGAGGGUCCCGCGCUGGGUUGCAAUUUCUGCAGGAACACAAGGAGGAUACUGCGACGGAAAACCAAGUACCACUGUCCCGAGUGCCAGACGAACUUGUGCAUUGCGCCCUGCUUCCAGGAGUAUCACGAACGCCAAUCGGCGGAGAACCCUGCCCCCACCAGCAGCGACAGCGGAAGCGGCUGUGUGUAUGGUGUAGGUGGAUUGUACGCAAAAGUGGAUCUCCGAUUUGUUGAGAAUCUUUACUUUUGCGGAAUUGUGUCAUUCUCUUUUUUUUAUGGGUAAGAAUAGAACACUCAUUCAGACUAUUGCUAGGAAGAAACAUGUUUUGUAACGCUGCCUCCGGCUUGGAUCGCUCCCCCGAUCACGCUCGUCUACUCAGAUUUACCUGGACCGUUUUACUGUAUUCGGAUUUUCUUUGAAAUAAUCAACCAAGAGGCGGAAAAAGUAUACAAUUAUUAACGAAAAUGUUUUACAAAUCAAAUUCGGUAGAAAAACACACAAAUCUGAUAGAAGGCAACGAUGAUCGUAAUCCCUUUUGUCGGCGGAGUGACCGCUUGGAGGUUCAGGUCAUAUUUGUGAAAGUUUUCCCGUACAAUAUAAAAUAUUUGGACCGGCACCGGAAGUCGAACCCAGCCACCCUCAGCAUGGUCUUGCUUUGUAGCCGCGAGUCUUACCGCACGGCUAAGGAGGACCCUUAAUUAUUACGAAUACAUAUCUUAGGAUCACUUAAAAAUGAACUUUUAAUAGGAUAUCCGGAAAUCCACAUAAUACAUCAAUCGACUCAGCUCGAUAAAUUAAUUGAUUGGUUUGUUGCCUAAUUGAUUACUAAGUUGCUUGAUUGCUUUAUUAGUUGGUUGGUUGCUUGAUUGAUCGUAGCUUGCUUGAAUGGUAGAAUGGUGAGUUCCUUGAUUGGUUGACUGGUUGGUUGCUUGAUUUGUUAGUUAGUUAAUGGGUUGGCUGCUUGAUUAAUUGGUUGCUUAAUUGGUGGGUUAUUUGGUUGGUCGGCUUGUUAGUUGAUUACCCAAGUAACCGUAAGCAUUAAUCCACUGCAUACUAAUGGCCUUAUAUUGGCAUUUGAGCUGCAUAAAAGCUUGAUAAUAGCAAUCAUGAAGCGGACAUGUCUUAUACUAGCAUCUCUAAUGCACUGUAGCACUGACAAAUUUGGCAUCAAUAUUAGCAUUACAUUCGUCUAUAGUGCUCAUUUAGUGCAUUGAA